UUAAAGUAUUCAAAGUGUUUAAUCACUGCAAACAGUUUAGGUAAUUUUAUAGUUUUAACAAGAACUGUUAAAUGAAUAUUUUACUAUUGGAUGUAACAUUGUAAUGCUUUAUAAAACAUUCACGAACGUUAUCAAUCCUUGAGUCACACAUCAGUUGGUCACACAUGAGAUAAAGAAAAGGACAGAUUAUCUGAACACACAGAAAAGCUCUUGGUGAAACAACUGAGAUCCAUGUGACACACUGUUAUAAAGAUGGCGUUUAUUAAAGAGGAAAGUGAAGACAUAAAGAUGGUGUUUAUUAAAGAUGAGAGUGAAGAAAUGAAGAUUGAAGAAACAUUCAUAGUGAAACAAGAAGAUACUGAGACACAAACAGAUCCGAUGGCACUGAAAGAUGAGAGUGAAGUACUAGAUGAAAUGGAAAAGAAAGAUCAGUAUGAAAAACAUGACUUCAUAAGUGGAAAAAGAUCAAGAUCACAGACUGAGAAUACUUCCUCUCAAAAAGGAUCUCCAAAGACUGGAAAUACACGUUAUUUUACCUGCCAACAGUGUGGAAAGAGUUUCAAUCAACACGGAAGUCUUACUGUCCACAUAAGAAUUCACACUGGAGAGAAGCCUUUCACAUGCAAACACUGUGGAAGCGGUUUCAAUCAACGUCGAAACCUUAUAGUCCACAUGAGAGUUCACAAUGGAGAGAAGCCUUACACCUGCCAACAGUGUGGAAGGAGUUUCAGUCAGCUUGGAAACUUUAAAGUCCACAUGAGAGUUCACAAUGGAGAGAAGCCUUACACAUGUCAACAGUGUGGAAAGAAUUUCACUCAAAAAGGAAGCCUUAAAAAGCACAUGAGCAUUCACACCGGAGAAAAGCCGUACAAUUGCCAGCAGUGUGGAAAGAGUUUUACUCAACAAGGAAGCUUUAACAGGCACAUGAGAGUUCACACUGGAGAAAAACCUUACACAUGCCCUCAGUGUGGAAAGAGUUUCAGUCAAAAAGGACAUCUUAAAGACCACAUAAGCAUUCACAUUGAUACAAGCUCCUUCACCUGCCAACAGUGUGGAAAAUGUUUUAACAGAAAAAACAACCUUGAAGUCCACAUGAGCAUUCACACUGAAAAUAGCUCUUUCACCUGCCAACAGUGUGGAAAAAGUUUUAACAGAAAAAAAUACCUUAAUUCCCACGUGAAAAUUCACUCCGGAGAGAAGCCUUACUUGUGCCCUCAAUGUGGAAUAAGCUUCAACCAAGUAGGAAACCUUAACAGGCACAUGAGAAUUCAUACUGGGGAGAGCCCUUUCACUUGCAAACAGUGUGGAAAAUGUUUCACUGGAAAAGGAAGCCUUGAUAGGCACAUAAGAAUUCAUACUGGAGAGAAGCCUUACACGUGCCCUCAAUGUGGAAAGAGUUUUACACUUAAACCAACUCUUAAUGUCCACAUGAGAAUUCACACCGGAGAGAAGCCUCACACCUGCAAUCUGUGUGGAAAGAGUUUCACUGAUAAAGGAAACCUCAAACUGCACAUGAGAAUUCACACUGGAGAGAGCUGUUUCACCUGCCAAAAAUGUGGACAGAGUUUCACUCAAAAAGGAAACCUUAAAAAACACAUGAGGAUUCACACCAAAGAGAAGCCUUACACAUGCAAACUGUGUGGAAAGAGCUUCACAGCAGCACUAAACCUAAAACGACAUUUGCAAACUCAUUCUGGAAAGAAACUGCAGAGUUCUGAAUGUAGUAAGAGGUUUAGAAAAAGGAGAAAUUUCAAAAAUCACUCAUCUAUUCACUCUGGAGGCAGGCCAUUUAAUUGUGAUCAGUGUAAUAAAAGAUUUCUUUUGCCUUUACACUUACAGAUACACUUAAAAAGUCAUGCAGAUGUGAAACCACAUUCUUGUUCUUUGUGUGGAAAGAGUUUCAAAUGGCUCAGCAAUUUAAAAUGGCACCAGAAAAUACUCAUCUGUGUAAAAUCGAGGCUGCAUUCACACCGCAACUGAAUUUGGACCAAAUAUGAACGUUCCUAUUAAAGUGUGAGGAUUAAUUUGUGCUAGACAACAGAAGCACAAAGUUCUGACAAACUAUUUACAUUCACUGAUAACUCAACACAUUGCAGUCACAUUGUGUGAUUAAAGGAUUAGUUCACUUUGAAAUGAAAAUUACCCCAAGCUUUACUCACCCUCAAGCAAUCCUAGAUGUAUAUGACUUUCUUCUUUCUGAUGAACACAAUCUGAGUUAUAUUAAUAAAUAUCCUGAUGCAUCUGAACUUGAUAAUGGCAGUAAUGCACUACCAAAAAAGUCUAAGCUGAAGAAAGUGUCUCCAUCCAUCAUAAACGUGUACUUCACACAACUCCGGGGGGUUAAUAAAGGCCUUCUGAAGUGAAGCAAUGCGUUUGUAUAAAAAAAUAUCCAUAUUUAACAAGUUAUGAAGUAAAAUAUCUAGCUUCCACUAGACCACAUUCUGCAAAUUACGAAGAAAGUGUAAAACUCCAGCAAGUUAGAAAGCUUAGGCUACGUCCUACGCCUUCCCUAUUCAACUUACGGAAUUGACACAACGCCAGUUCGUUUUUUUCCGUAAUUUUAAUACGGAAGGCAGUCUGGCGGAAACUAGAUAUUUUGCAUCAUAACUUGUUAAAUAUGGAUAUUUUUUUUUUACUCAAACGCAAUGCUUCAUUUCAAUGUAUUUCUGUAUUCAGAUAAGCACUUUCAUGAGUCCAGUUCUCAAAAGUGUUUAUCUGAAUACAGAAAUAAAAAGUAUCUUUGUCAGUAUCGCAUUUUUUCUUUCACUCUCACUCUUUGUGAUGAUGUAAAAGGUUUCCUGUGUUAUAGUUUAUUGACUAGUUAUCUGUUGAUUAUUUGCAACAAUAUAAUUGGAAACUGAACAAAAACAUUUUUGUGCAUUUAUUGUUGGUGUAAAGAGAAAAAUAUUGUAACCGGUGGGUUUUAGCUAUCUGGGGUUUAUUGAAUUUUGACCAGUGUUCAUGCCCGAACAUUUUGAUUUAGGUCAAGUUUGUUUAAUUUGUUUUAAUUCUUAUUUCUGGGUGUUGCCACCGUUGCACUAUAAAGGCAUGAUAAAAUGCAUAAAUGCAGCAUGACCAUCUGAGCAACUCCAAAGAGCCUGAACCUCUGAAGGAAAUACAUUUUUUGUUUGGUAUGUUAUAACAAUAGGUUAUAAUGGGGCUGGAUGAUUAACCGAAAUUCAGAAUCUCUAACUGACAUAAUUUUCCCAUGUCGGUCAUUUUGGGUUUUUAAUAUUGUUAAUACUUUCCGCUUAAAAACUCUACCCCCUGUUCAGUCAGCGGCAUGGAAGCAACAGAGAGGCGAACUCAAACGGCAAGUCAAAACAGAGACGAUUCAAAGUGCGAUCACUUUCGCUUGCGUCCUUACGAAAGUUUAACAAUUGUGUGUUUGAAGGCUUGCCAAUUUGAAUGUGAUUUUAGAUCAUAAUAUGUGCUGAUUUAUCUGUUGUUAUCUGAUUUAUCUUACAACGAGCAGAAAUCUGUAAGAAAUCUGUACGAACCAUAUCUAAAAUAACUGCUGAAAGUGAGCUGUUAUGUCGGAGCACUCUUUCAUUAGGAGAAAAUAUCCCACCUUUAAUAGUCAAGCAUAUUUACAAUACAAACAAAACAAUCAUUCAUAAAUCGUAAUGUUUAGUUAAGGUUUUGAUUUUAGGUCUUAUGGUCCAGCCAUAGGUUCUAAUCAAUAAGCCCAAAUACUUGAAGGGGCUGUAUGUAAGAAUGACAGCUAAUGGUUGAAAUGGGUACUGCAGUUCAAAUUCAAAAUAUUGUUUGCCCUGCCCCCUCCUCCUCAGGAUCGACGCUCUCUUGGGUUGCCAGUUUGAAGACACGCGACGGGAGUGACAUUGGAAGGCGAAGUGACUUUCACACUGUAAAAUAAUUAGUUGAUUUAUUGAUUUAUGAUGAGUUGAUAUCGCGUUUUAAUAUGCUUCCGUUUAUAGAGAUUUUGUAGAUAGAUGCUGAGGCUUUUUAGGUCAGGUAGAAUCUGCAAGCUCUGACCCAGUUUGUUCACUGGCUUCCAUGGCUGCAAUUCGCUGCGUGUGUUUUUCCAAUAGAAUCUGUCUGCAAACUGCAAGAGGGGGGCGUAACUUGUUGAGGGGCGUAACUUGAAGUUGUCCAAAUCACACAGAACCACACGAGAUGUCACAAUGAAAUGUCGGCAAGAUAAAUCGCUACAGAAUCGUACUACUUAUAAAUGGUUUAACAUUAUUUGUCUUACCGUGCCGUGGUCAGUAUUGUCAUAUGUCGGCAUGACAUAUUGCGAUCUUCAAGCAGGAGAUGGAUGAAAUAUUCUGAAAUGUGAUGCCACCUGUUUCCUCCAUAAUUUAUGCACUUUAGUUAUUGACUGUGAAAAACACCGAUCUUAAGCUGAACGAUGACACUAUUGUCUUUUUAAUGCUGCAUUAAAGGAGAAUUGAAUUUUGUUUGCAUCGUUUAAUAAUUUAAUAUGGUCACUUGACUAUAAAAUCCAACACAAUUAUGUAUUCAACCUGCCAUUUUUCAAUAAUACACUGCGUUCCAAAUUAUUAUGCAAGACACAAAUCAGUU